GGAUAUCCCUAUUUCUAGCAAUCAAAACAAAUAUUUCUUCUAUUAACCUUUCAUUAUGAUAAAUAUAUCAUACCACGAACUAUAUAAUAAAGAAAAGCAAACCAUCUUCGUCUUGUUCUCAGUUUCUUCUCACAACAUCAUAAACCAAAAGCUCUCUACUCAAAGAGAAAAUAUAUAUAUUUCUUCAUCCAAGAUCUCAAGGAAUAUAAUGGGCAUAAAAGUUUCGUCAAAGAUCAAAAGGCUUCUUGCAUCCACAGCUUCGGGAAAUUCAAGUCCCAAAGAUGGUGAUAGCGUGGACGUCCGAGAAGAAUAUGCAAACGCCUUUCGUACAGAAUCAUACAAUCAGUUUUGGACACGUGUCAUUCAUUUAAACCGCAAAAAGUCCACGUUGUCUUCUUCUUCUUCACCGAUAGAAUCAUCCUCCACGUCAGUUCGUCUCAUGUCAUACCGCCUCUUCGCACAUAACCUACUAGAACCGGAUCCGAACACCGUUACUCGAAUCCUGGAUGUAUCCCGGGUCGGAAGACCCACCCGUACUCUUCUCGCUGAUUACUUCUUGGAAACAGCAAACGCUUUCUUGCUUUGCACGUUGUUACUCAAAAACAUUCACCGUCUCCGGUCCAAAUACGAAUCUUUAAAGCCCAAGAUUCAGUCCGACAAACAUAACUCGUUGGCUUUUUUAGACCAAUUCACGGAGCUAUCAAGAUGGUUCGACCCGUUUAUCUCGUCCGGUUCUCGAAUUCAAUUAACAAGAACCGGCUGUUUAAACCUUCUAAAACGGUUAGAGUCGAGCCGAGACAAGACACGAGCCAAGCUCAAGCUCGUCAACGGACUAACUCACAGCUCAGGCCUUCUCGUUUUGGCUUUGACCACUACGUUGAUUGUAACCAUCGCCUCUCACGCCUUCGCUUUGUUCAUAGCCGGUCCGACACUUUUAACCGGUCGAUUCAAACCGGUUGGUUUAAGGAACAAGCUGACGAAAACUGCCGCUCGUCUCGACGUGGCUGCGAAAGGUACUUACAUUUUAAGCCGUGACUUGGACACGAUAAGCCGGUUGGUGACCCGGAUAAAUGAUGAAGUGGAACACGUUAGAGCCAUGGCUGAGUUUUGGGCUGGGAGGGGAUCGGGUCGGGUUCGAGGCGGGGAGGAAGUGGCUCGGGAGUUGAAGAGAUGCGAAGAGUGUUUUAGUGAAGAGCUUGAUGAGCUUGAAGAACAUAUCUACUUGUGUUUCAUGACUAUUAAUCGAGCAAGGAAUCUUGUUGUUAGAGAGAUUAUGCAUUCGGAUGAUCCACCUGAUUGUUCAUUCGCUCCCAAAUCCAAAUAAACAUUGUACUAAUUAUAUAUUUACUUUCAUGUUGAUUACCAUUUUAAUGUAAAUCUCCUUUAUUGACCAAAAUGCAUGUAUAGUAAAUGAUUACAGCCAAUUAAGUCAAACAAAU